AUGCAGGCUUCAUCCAACACCAUUGACGGAUCUACCGCUGACAGUGUCAAGAAUGCUGACCCGCAGGAUGAGGAGAACAGGGACGUGAAGAAGCGAAAGCUUGACUUUGAUGAAAAGGCUAAGGAACGCGACUGGCUUCUAGCUCGCAUUAAGGAGCUCGAGCAAUCCGUGGGUACCUUGGAGGCUUCUCUGCAGGAUGCCAACAAGAAGACGGAAGAGGUAGAAUCAAAGCUUCUGGUUUCUGAGAAGCUUCUCCAUGCCAGAACGGAGGAGCUGAAUCGGGCACUGAGCUCCGCAGUUACCGAAAGUUCGGCAUCCAAGGAUAAGGUAUCUGAUGCAGCAUUCGAUUCUACGGCACUAAGGCAUGAAGGAGAUUUCAAGUUUGACAAGGUGUUUCCGCCUGCUACGACUCAGCCGGUUGUGUUUGAAGAGAUUGCAGACCUGGUUACCAGUGCAUUGUAUGGCUAUAAGGUGUGUAUCUUUGCAUAUGGCCAGACCGGUUCUGGAAAAACUUUUACCAUGUUCGGGGACACCACCGACGAGACUCUCCGUGGAGCUAUUCCACGUUCCAUGCAGCAGAUUUUUCAAGUCAUCCGUCAAAAGUCCAACACGGGAUGGAAUUACACCGUUGAGGCUUCCUUUCUCGAGAUCCACAAUGAGUCCAUCCGCGACCUGCUGAAAGGAUACCACAACGAUGACGAGGCUACGAGCUCGAAGCCUGAGAAGGGAAGUGUUGCACGCUCGAAGCCUGAGAAGGGAAGUGUUACAAGCUCGAAGCCUGAGAAGGGAAGUGUGGCAGCAAAAAAAGGGGGGGGGGGCUUUCUCUUUACACCAUCGUUCACGAGAAGGAUGGAACUACUACAGUGGUCCGUUGCAAGGACAGACAUGAACGAGGAGUCAUCACGCUCUCAUGCGGUUUUCACCCUCCGGCUGAAUGGCCGACAUCGGGGCACUGGUGAGACAACACAUGGCAUCCUCAACUUGAUUGAUUUGGCAGGAAGUGAAAGAACCAAGAAGUCGAAUGCAACUGGAGAGACAUUGACGGAGUCCAUAGCAAUCAACAAGAGCUUGAGCUCCUUAUCCCACGUCCUAGAGGCAAGAGCUAAGGGCGAACUCCCGCACUACCGUGACGGGAAGUUGACCUACCUACUGCAGAAAUCAAUUGAGAAGGAGACAAGGACCCUCAUGUUCCUCAACAUUUCACCGACAGGUCGUCAAUUGAAGAGACAUUGGGGUCACUCAAGUUUGGUGCCAUGGUAA